UGUUUGGAGAAUGCAGGGGAUUGCAUGUUGAAUGAUAGCUGAAUAGGAUUGACUGUUCGAAGGAUUUGAUAACGCAAAAUAUAAUUUAUUUUAAACCGCAACAAUGCACGACGCUUACGAGGAAACAUCUAUACUAAAUAUUACAGUACAAAUCGAGUCUAUGGCCGCUUAUGAUGACAAUUUAUUAAUAGGCACGAGAGAAGGUCACUUGCUUAUGUACAAUGUUCCAACAGUCUUUGAUGAUAGUCACAAGUUGGAAUUAUUACGCCACAGUAAAAAUUUUAACAAGAAACGGAUCAAUCAGAUAGAAGUUGUGCCAGAAUAUAAUUUAUUGAUUAUUCUAACAGAUAACAUUGUGUGCAUUCAUGAUUUAAAUUCGCCAAACUUUCAACAAAUAUGCCAAUUACCAAAGACUCGUGGCGCUACGCUAUUUACUCUGGAUAUUCAGUCAACUCAGAGUUUGACAGGAGAAAGAAAUACUGUAGUACGUUUAUGCGUUGCUGUUAAACGUAAAUUACAGCUGUAUUAUUGGAAGGCAAAACGAUUUGAGGAAUUUAAUGAUUUUGAAUUAACUGUACAGGAUAUACCUCGUCAAUUAUCAUGGUGUGGUGAAACAUUAAUAUUAGGAUUUCGUGGAUUGUCCUACACUAUUUUUGAUUUAAGUGGUAAACCUAAAGAACUUUUUCCUACUGGUAAAUCUCCAGAACCUAGUAUAACCAAAUUAUCAGACAGUUCUUUUGUAUUGGGAAAAGAUUCCCAAUCAUUUAUCAUGGACACAAAAGGAGAACUGGUUCAGCAUAAUUCUAUAAAAUGGUCAGACACGCCUAAUGCAAUAGCAUGGGAUGAACCUUAUUUACUUGGUAUUGUGCAUGAUAAAUUGGAGGUAUAUACGCUAGAAGGAUGUUUACAUAUUCAGACGAUUAAGGAUCUAAACAAAGCAAGACUUAUAUAUCGAUGCAAACAAGGGAAGGUCUUUGUGGCGUCUAUUAGUCAGAUUUGGUGUAUCAAGGCAAUUGAUGUUACUUUGCAGAUUAGGACUCUGCUGGAGCAAAAUCAGUUUCAAUUGGCGUUAAAAUUAACUAAUUUGUCGGACAUAACGGAUGAGGAGAAAGCCAAACAGACGUAUAAAAUACAAACGUUAUACGCGCAUCAUCUGUUCUACAACAAGCGAUUCCAAGAGGCAAUGGAUCUGUUUUUGAAAUUGGGAACUGAUCCAUACGAAGUAAUAAGACUGUUUCCAGAUUUGGUCACACCGUCGACCAACACACAUGAACUCAGCGAACCAGCACCUAGCUUGCCAAAGUUGCAAGAUCAUGAUUUAGAAAAGGGCUUACGUGCAUUAAUAGUCUUUCUAACUGAAGUUAGACAUAAAUUAAUGGCAAAGGACAAAGAUCUAAAUAAAGAAAAGAAUGGAGUAAGUGGAGAAAAGAAUUUAACAGUAGUAGCUACGGAACAGCUUCUGAAAAUUAUAGAUACCACCCUUUUAAAGUGCUAUUUGCAGACUACCGACGCGUUGGUGGCGCCUUUACUUAGACUGAAUCAUUGUCAUUUAGCAGAAGCCGAAAAAACUUUACUGAUGCAUCAGAAGUAUCCAGAACUCAUUAUAUUGUAUCAAACCAAAGGACAACAUAAGAAAGCAUUGGAGCUACUGGAGAAGCAUGCGAAAGAAAACGAUUCUAGUCUGAAAGGUACUGAGAGGACCAUACAGUAUUUGCAACAUCUCGGCAAGGAUCAUAUGGACCUCAUUCUGAAGUUUGCUGGAUGGGUUUUAACCGAAGAUCCUGAACAAGGGCUUAGAAUAUUUAUGGAAGAUAUACAGGAAGUGGAACAUUUACCCAGACCAAAGAUAUUGGAUUACCUCCUUCGUUUGCACAAAGACUUAGUGAUACAAUAUCUGGAACAUGUGGUGCACGUUUGGGAAGAUAACAAUCCAUUAUUUCACAAUGUUUUGAUACAUCAGUACAAAGAGAAAUGUCUAGCCUCUAUGAAUGCAAACGCAACACCGGCGGAAAAAGAAACCUCGCAACAUAUUCGACAAAAGUUGCAACAAUUUCUGGAGAAAUCGCCGUAUUACACGCCAGAAACGAUACUAGUGCAUUUCCCGUUUGACAGUUUGUUCGAGGAACGUGCGGUCAUACUCGGGCGAAUUGGUCGCCAUCAACAAGCUAUAUCGAUAUAUAUUAGUCUCUUAAAUGAUAUACCGCGUGCAAUACAGUAUUGCCAAAAUGUAUAUACAAGGUACCAGAAUCAAGAUCGUGCGGAGAAACAAAAGCAAACGGAUAAUGCUGACGAGGUGUAUGUCUUGCUAAUUCAACAGUUAUUGAAACCUGAUAACGAGGGAGUUUUAAUGGCUGGUUGUAAUCCAGAGAUUCAGAGAACGGCACAACCAGAUUUGGAAAUGGCUCUGCGACUGUUGGAAGAGCACGCUUCAAAGAUAAAUCCUAUGAAAGCUCUGGAGGUUUUGCCAGAUUCCGUUCCUAUUGGUAGAAUAAAACAUUUUUUGGAAGUCAGUCUGCAGAAUAACUUGAACGCAAGGCGGAGAACUCAGGUCCUCAAAGGGUUACUUUACGCGGAACAUUUACAAGUGCAGGAACAACGAAUGCAUUACGAGUCGCAGAGCGUUCUCAUGACGGAAUACAAUAUAUGUCCAGUUUGUAAGAAACGGUUUGGCAACCAAAGCGCUUUUGCGAGAUAUCCCAAUGGCGACAUAGUGCAUUACUCGUGUCAAGAUCGCAAAGGAUAAAAAUAGGAUCACAUAAUUAGAUCAUUUAGGAUUGUACAUAUGGAAUGUACAUGUGAAUGUGCAUUACACACUGUGAAGAUUUCACAGAUAUUCCGAUAUACAUACUAUAUAAAACUUACAAAUUAUAUGAAGAACUAUUUCUUAUAAGGAAUCUUUAAGUCGAUUAGUUUAUUUCUUUUUUAUUAUACGCUUCUUGUUACCAUAAAAAAUAAAUGUAA